AUGGCGACACAGACUAUUCACCAUGGCGGCCAUGCCCAUUCAAGCUCCACCUCGUCAUACCCCCCGCUGCCCUCUUCUCCUACUCUGACGAAUCCGGAUAUGAUUCUUCCCGACUACGAUCGCUCGCCUUCCCCCGACCGACCCCAUUCUCCCCUCACCAUGUGGAAGAACUCUCAGGCAGCCGACAUGAACAUGCAGUUCCAGUUCCCUCCAAGCGCCUACAUCGCCGGUCCUAUUACACCCACGACACCAAUCAUCUACGGCAAUGGAACGAUGCUGUCCGAUAUUGGUGAGGUUACCGAGGUUGAGAGCACGCCAGGCAAAAAUUCACGCCCAUCUUCUAUCGUUUGGGCACGACCCAGUAAUCGAGGCGCUGACGAGCGGUACCCUUCGCCAACAAAGGCAUAUGAGAGUAUUAAGAAGCGGGCGGCCCGCGCGCACGAGCGACGAUCCUCAGCCGAAUCUAUGAGCACAGUGACAACCAUGCAAGAUCACAACAACGUGUUCGCCGAUUUCGACGAUGCAGUUAGCGUUGAUGACAGCAAUUUCCAGGGCGAUGAUGAAGAAAGUGUGGCAGAAUCGUACGCAGAAGAUGUUUCUGUUCAUCAAGCCCAUGUCAUUUCACAACCCACAAGGGCAUCUCUCAACGAUCCCGAUAGGUAUUCAACCGCGUUGAUAAGUCGAAGAGCCGAACAGAUUCUUGCAAACGCCAAACGCAGGCUAACAACAAUGGAGGGUAACCUUUCGAGAGCGCGAAGCUCGCUAAGCGUCUCCACGAAUUCGAUAUCUUCGUUUGAUGGUGCUGGCUCAACCCCUUCUCCACCAAUGAUGAGAUCGACUUCUUCAGCAACUUCCCCGAACUCCAUAUAUGGCCACGGGAGGAUGAUGAGUGAUUCCUCAAUCAACAUUGAGCUAGCGAACUCGGGCGUAGUUCCAAAAAGAUCAGCGAGUGCAAUGGGCGCAGCCGGAGGAUACCGCCAGCCCGUUCCAAACAGGAAGUAUUCCUCUGACGCCACCACGCUGGAACACCUAAACUCCGGGCGAGACGUGCAACCGCGAUACAAAGCGGCUCAUGAGGCUGGCUUAGACACUCUGGGUGAAGACGAGGUUUCGACAGAUUUCCACUCAGGGAGCGACAGCACCACCAAGCGAGAGAGUCGCUCGAGCUCUGCACUAGGUGGCCCAGCCAAACCGCUCACACGCUCGGCCUCAGCAGCGCAGAUGCGUGACCUAAAAGGCCAGGUCAUGGACCUUAAAGGCAAGAUCUCCUCACUGAGAGAGCAGGCGCGGGCGGAUAGUAUGCGACGACGCAGUCUCCAGAGCUUGCGGACCCCAAGCCCUUUUACUCACUCCCAGGUCGACCAGUGGUAUGCCGGAACUCAAAGACAAUCUUCGCCUGAGCCAUCUUCUACACCCCUGGAAGAAGAAGAAGAUACUUGGAACGGCGAAGUGUCCUACGACGACGAUGGUAACAAAGAGAAUCAUGUGAAGGAGAGAGAGAUCGACAGUGGAGAUUCAUCGAUCAAGGAUGAGGAGUCUGUCGUUGGGGAUUACGAAGCGGCACAAGAGGCGAUUCGUUUGGAGGAGCGACAAAAGGCCCUCGAGGCCAUGGAAGCAAAUGCGCAUAUGGGAUCUGACGACGACGAUUUGUCCGACAUGCACACCGAAGAUGGAUUUGAAGACAGUGUUCAGGUACAGGAGGACGACGGGUAUGAUAGUGAGAGUGGGGAUUCCCUUUACCACGAUACGUACCAGUCUCCUGUCUCGCACGAAGACCGAGAAGAUGCCUUUGAUUAUGAGCAUUUCUUCCUCCACAGCGCCAUGGGCACUAUUAGCCAGCAACGCAUGGCACGACAGGACAGCCGCCGAGGAAGCUUCAGUUCCGAGGAUUCUGUUGAGACAACACGCGGACCUUUGACGUCGUCUAAUGAGUCGCUCCGCCCGAAAUCGUACAACCGGAGAGGCAGUGGUGACACAACCUCGACCAUGGAUUCUUUUGCAACUGCGCAUGAUGGUCGAUCCAGUCGAAUCAGCAGCAGUGCUACUGAGGACGAUCUGAGACAGCCCGUUCUUACCCCGCCAAGCAUCAGCCCAAUCAGUGAGCACACGGAGAGUCCUUCGACCACCAAACGGUCGACGAUUGGAAGUAUCAAUGGUGGCGAUGUGCUUGAGGAGAUGCGAACCCGGGCGCGUGCAGGCUCGGUUGCUUUUCAUCGUCCUAUGAGCACCCAGGCGACCAUGGGCCACCGGGCGGGAAGCGCGUCGUUUGAUUCUACUGGAACCAACCGCAGCUUUCCCUUGGCGGGUAGAACGCGGGUGAACGUUGUUGGCGUCCUCACACCUCAAGGGUCGCCUGAGCUGGAGCUCAGGAGCAUCUCGGAUGCCCUUAUGAGCGAGACUGCUAGCGUCUGCGAUAAGGAGAACAUCCACGGACCGGACCAGCUUGCGCCAAUGCAGCAACUGGCCAAGGAAGACCAGAUCCUUGUCGAGCGUUUUGUGGCUAGUCUGGGGCGCUGCGUACUCGCUUUGAGCGAAGCUGGCAAGGCCUCCGCAGAGGGCCGGAUGUACAGAAGGCGUAUCGACAACGCGCGCCGAAUUCUAGAAGGGAUGGGUGAAACCUCAUGA